AUGUUCGCUAAUUUAACCUGCGUACUGGCGGCUUGCAUUUCUUCUCCCAUUAUAUUUCGACAAAAACUAGGGUCAUUUGAGAACUUUUGUGGACAAUAUUGUACAGAAGAUUGGAGCGAUAAUGAAAGUCAACGGAAAGUUUAUGGAGCAGCACUGCUAUGCGUUCAGCUGGUUGUUCCUCUAACUAUCAUUGUUGUCUCUUAUACAGCUAUUUCACUUCGAAUUGGUCAAGUGAGUCUAUUGAAAUUUACUUUUCUACCGCUUCUAUGA